GUCUCUUCUUACAGCCGACGUCUCCUUCGAGCUACUCGACAGCCUUACACUCAUAAGACCUCCCCGCACCACCAUGGCUCACCUAGUAAAACCUGUCCCUCAUCAAACCGUAUUUUUUGUUUGCGAUAUCCAAUCACGGUUCAGGAAUGCCAUUCACGGUUUCGAAGAAAUGGUUUCCAUGGCCAGCAAGAUGCUGAAGUUCGCAACGAUACUCGAGGUCCCAGUCGUCUUCACAGAGCAGAACCCCAAAGCUCUCGGCUUCACGGUUCCAGAGCUGUCAUCCGUGCCUCUGGGACAGCUUCACCUGGGUACAAUAGACAAAACCCUGUUUUCCAUGGCUACGCCCGAAGUCAAGUCCAUCCUUGAAGCUCGAAGUAUCAAGUCAAUUGUCCUUUUCGGAAUCGAAGCUCAUGUUUGCGUGCUUCAAUCAACACUCGACCUUCUCCAAUUGGGAUACGAUGUCUACGUCCUUGCGGAUGGCGUAUCAAGCUGUAACAAAGAAGAGGUGCCUCUUGCACUCGCAAGGAUGCGCCAGGCCGGUGCUCAAAUUACCACGAGCGAGAGCUUACUUUUCCAACUGCAGCAAGAUUCCUCAAACCCGACUUUCAAGGCAUUUUCCUCGGCGAUCAAAGCGGAAAAGGAGACUACACAGUCUGCAGUCCAAAAGCUCCUGACACUUCGCAGUGCACUCUAAUGGAGAACGAGUUCCAAUCGAAUCGGACGAGAAGAUCAUAGAGAAUUUCUGCUUAUUGGAUGUGAGAUCAAGGACUUACAUGUAGCCUAAGGAGAAGUAGCGUAGCACCUACGGAUUCGCGAAUUCGAAAUGUUGAACACC